GAUAAUUGUUUGCUCAAUAAGACAGAAAACAAUCAUAAACGUGAUGUUGGUGAGAUAUGAGAUAUGAGAUAUUCAGGGGGUAGGGAAAAAGCAUGCCAUAUUAGGCUGAGACAACAGAUUGCAGCCCUCAGUGCAACAUUCAUCGCGCAUACAAGCAGGUCAUUCUUUUUCAAGAAGCUAGACACGCCUGGUGUGAUGCGAGGAUACAUUCUCCGUAUGAUGACUUGCUUUACAGUCAAGCACAGUGCAGGAGGAUGAACGAACAGGAUGUGUUCGCAUCCGCUUCCUCCCGUCGCAUCCAGUUGUCCGUCCAGGCCUCGGUCUCAGCCCAUGUAUCCUAGAAUAGUAUCUCCGUGUUCCAGGCAUAUCAGGGCAUCGGGCCUGAUAUACUUAAGUAAUAAUAUCAGCGUUGCAUGGGAGAUAUUAUUAAGUUAGGCUAAUACAUAUAGCUGGAAGAAGUCCACUCAUGGGAUCUGGUCCACCUGUGUCAGAAAGACAUUUGCUUGGCCGGGCGCAGAUCGUGCCUUGUCAGACUGGGUCUGCUUGCAACGGAGUAUCCAGAUUAGCAGAAAAAAAAGCAAAGAGAGCUUUCGGUGUGAAAAAUUCUAGAACAAGUUAUCAUCGCACGUUGAGAGAGGGAUGGACCAGAUAUUUGCUGGAUAUUAUAGCUGCAAGGUCGAAUAAAAUUAGUCAAUUUCCCUUUGAUGUCGAAUUAUUGCAUUGCAGCGGUGUUACCGCUACUAGGUGCCUUUUUCGGUUGUCUAGAACAUUGCUUCGUACCACUUACUUCCCCCCCUUUUAUCGUUGCUGCAAUGUCGCUCCUAUGGUCACGAUUUAAGGUGUAAAGAUAGAUUUCGAUUAGGGCUGGCUGGCCCAAACAUAGACUAUUUUUCUCGUGCAGAGUAUUAAACUGGCGCCAGGGUUGCAAGACGUAUUCGGGACGACCGUGGCCCGGAUUAUACGAGUGUUCGAACCAUUCCCACCACAGCGUUUUACAUCUCGUUUCAACCAACUCCUUGGUCCAUUAUUCAUUAUUAUCUGCUGUUGAGUGAUCACUGCCCCAGUUCACUGUUCCGGAACAUUUAUCGAUAGCUUCUUUCUGUAUUAUAGUCGGGCGAGUUCGAUUGCUGCAUGUCAGUGACGCAGGAUUGCUCUGAAUCACAGCGUUGUUAUCCGAAUGAGCCUAUUCUGACUCCAUGCGGUCAGGGUAGUUUCUGUCUUCUGUGAAACUGUCGAGCAGGCACCAGCAGAUAUUUAUGCAGUGGCAACCUGAUAUAGGGGUUCACCAUGCCCUUUACCACCUUGUCCUGUGUCCCCGCCCCCUCUAUGGUACGUACACUCUUUAUAUAGAUUUCGGGCUUGGUACUCCAUACUUGGGGAUCACUUUCUUAGGAAUCCGGAGGACGCCUCAAGACUCUGCGAGUGGCAAGCCAGGGUUUGGUUUAGCAGUCAAGACUGGGAUUGUAUAUCUCCCUUAGCGAUGUCGCAUGGCGAUACGAAGAAAUUUGGUGGGACCAUGUGAAUCACGAUACAGCAGAAGUGUGCAUCAACGCAUCACUAUAGAGUGCCGAGAUGGCCAUGGGUGCCUUUGAUCCAAGAAUUGAUUCCAAGUCAUGCUGUCGCCGCAGCUGUAUUUCCCCGAGAGAUGAUAUGGCAAGCAGCCUAGUUACUCCGUUCUAUCCGAUGACUCCUGGUGAAAAAGAUGUGAAAUGGGUCCCGAUAUCUGAAUAUCACCCAAGAAGAGGAAGAGAUAUCUUCUCUUGUUGAAGGGUUCUCCAUGAGCCUACGUUCCAGAGAGGCAUUUGAAGGGCUGAUGAUGUGGAGAAAUGGAGGGUGAGAUUCACGUUACGCUGAUGAGAGAGCGAUGAACCGAUGAUGAACCAUGAUCGAACCAGAACUUCUUCUAGGACGCUGGCCAAAAAGAUGGUUUCUCUGAACUCCCCCAAGACAACCCGGUUAUACCGUUCUCAGUACUCCAUAGGCGGCCACUAUCGGACGGCCUUGAGUGCAACACUGUUGCGCAGUGCAUCAAUAUUCGGGCCUGAAUGCUGUAUUUCCUUGUUGUACAAUAAGGAAUUCAAGCAUUUUAUGCUUUCAAUCAAUCCUGGGCGUCGAUGAUAACCGGUCAAGGGGCAAGGGGUGGACAAUUCCAUCUAUCCAAAAAAAUCUUGUCUUUGAUCCCUGAGUGUUGCCAAGGUAGUUACUCGUGUUGAGUAUUCUUUCGUGUUCUUUUGAGGCGAACGAGGGCGGUGUUGACAGCAUGUCACUCUGUACAGAUAUGUCGGCAGUUGUUUCAAAACGGGAAGAUACGAUACGGCAUUUGUGACAGAACCCCCCUUGUAGAAAAUCCCUGUCUGCCAUGGGCGAAAGAGUACCAAACGCUGGGGUAGGGGUUCGUGUUGUGGAGAUCACGUUUCUUGUUCCUCUUAUCUCGGCCAUCAGCCGUGCAAAAUACAUGUUGGCUGAAUAAUUUUUGGAUGGAAUGGUUCCCUUUCAAUAGUGAACGAACUGUCCGGGCCAGAGGAUGAAUAGUCAAGCUAUGGUCAGUCAAUGACCGUCGAGCUGAUCAGACAGGGAAUCCCGAUCAGACAACUUUUCUUUAGUUAAGUAAUGGCAACUCUGGCAAUUAAUUCCAGACAGCGCAGAACGCGGCCAGCCUGGUGACCGAGCAGGAUGCCUACUGCCGGUUUUCCCUUUCUCCUGCCCAACAUGCCAACUGCCAACUGCCAGCCCAGGCUUAGGUCUGCGCAGAAUCGGUGAGGCACUCACUCCCUUUGACUGUGUAGCUUUAAGUAGCAGCUUCGUCGUGUGAGACUGUGGCGCUGCCGCCGCUUGAUUCUCGAUUGGUGUAGGUGUCAGUAGAGAGAUGACAAGAAUGUUGACACAGCAAGUUAAAGCACAAACGCCUCCUUUUUGGCGAGAAGGUGACCAGGGCAAUAAAGCCAGGCUCUGCAGCCCACAACCUUCGUUUGCUCACUUCGCUGUCGUCUUUUCUUCUUCUUCUUCUUCUU